UUUUUUCUUUUUUUGUUUUACCAGGCGGAAGAGUUUGAUGGCUCAAUGUUUCCAGUGGUAGCUCUAAAAAGUGUCCGACUCUCUGACUUCAAUGGAGUCUCACUGUCUGCUCUUGCAUCAUCAACGAUACUCACAAACCCUGAUCUACCUGAGGCCCAUCAACUCAAAGGAUGGUAUGAUCAUCAUGGUAAAGAUCAGGAUGUUACAAGUCUGUCCUCUCGUAAUGCAACUGGUAGCUUUUCUGACAGUGCUUUCUUAACUUUUAGACAAAUUAAGGAGCUUAAUCAGUUAGGUCAGCAGGAAAAGCCAGACUACUUCAGUUGCAAAGGAAUGAUUGUUUACCUUAAAAAAGAGAACUGUCUCUAUACGGCUUGUCCAAGUCAGGAUUGCAACAAGAAAGUCAAUGAUGAUGGAACUGGAAACUAUUUCUGUGAGAAAUGCGGUAAAAGCUACCCAUCUUUCAAAUACAGAAUGAUCAUGAAGUUGAAUUGUGUGGACUAUUUGGAUAAUUGCUGGCUGGAUACGUUUCACGAGGGAGGGUCGGCCAUUGUGGGAAUGGACGGGCAGAAAUUGGGAGAAUUGAGGGAACAAGAUGCAGCUCAGUUUGAUAACAUCAUGCAAGAAGCUUACUUCAAGGAAUUCAUUUUUAGGGUCAGGGCCAAAGUAGACACUUAUAAUGAUGAGCAGAGGUUGAGGUGUUCAUGCGUGUCAGUGCAACCGGUCAAUUAUGCAACUGAAACUAAAAGAUUGAUUAAGAUGAUAAAAGAGUUGUCCGUUUGAGGAGAAGGAAGGAUUGGUUCCAAGACUGUUACUUAUGUUAAACUUUCAUAUUUAAUCUCACGAUUAUAAGAAUAAGAAAAAUGAACUAAA